AUGGUUUCCUAUUGCUCUUGUCGUAUAAUAUUUGAUGCUGCAGGAAGCAGGUUUAAUGUGCUUAACUAUGGUGCUGAUGGCAGUGGCAUAGUUGAUGCUACACAGGCUUUCCAAAAAGCAUGGAGAGAUUUCUGUCAAGCUAGGGAAGAAAUGCCAACCCUUGAAGUGCCAGCAGGCAAUACAUUCUUGUUGAAAUCUGUCACAUUCUUUGGCCCUUGCAUGUCCAAGACCCCUCACCUGCUGAUUGAAGGUACUAUUAUUGCACCAAACAGCUUUAAUUCAUGGGAUGAUGAUGAUUUCGAUACAUGGAUUGGAUUCAAAUCCGUUGAUGGUCUCAUUGUUGAUGGAGGAGGAAGAUUUGAUGGACGAGGAGAACCUUGGUGGAAAGCUUGCUAUGUUAAUGAUAAUGCCUGCUCGAAACGUCACCGGGCUCUUCAUUUCAACAAAUGUAAUGGUCUCCAACUAAGUAACUUGAAACAUGUCAACAGCCAAAAGAGUCACAUAAGCAUCAAUGGAUGUGAUGAUGUCAACAUCUCUAAUCUUCAAAUAAUAGCCCCAGAUAACAGCCCAAAUACUGAUGGAAUUGAUAUUUCUGAAUCACACCGUGUCAAUGUCCAAAAUUCUUUUAUAGGAACAGGUGAUGACUGUAUUGCCAUCAAUGGCUUUUGCUCUCAGAUCAAUGUUACUGGUGUCAACUGUGGACCAGGCCAUGGUAUAAGUAUUGGGAGUCUAGGAAAGGAUGGAGCUUAUGAAACAGUCGAAGAGGUCCACGUUAAAAACUGUAAAUUAGUUGGAACUCAGAAUGGUGUAAGAAUCAAGACGUGGGAGGGUGGAUCAGGAUAUGUUAGGAAGAUCACUUUUGAGGAUAUUACACUUGUAAACUCCAGAAACCCUAUCAUCAUUGACCAACAGUACGAUCCUAAUGGUAUCACUUUCGAGGAUGUCGCACUUGUAAAUUCCGAAAACCCUAUCAUUAUUGACCAACAGUACAAUCCUAGUGGAAAUGGGGGUGAUUCGGCUGUAAAAAUCAGUGACGUUACAUACCGUAAUGUGCAUGGAUCUUCAGCUGACGAGGUAGCAAUCAAAUUGAAUUGUGCCAACAAACGGGCUUGCACCAACAUUGUAAUGGAUAACGUUAACAUCAUCUCAUCCAAUCCCGGAGAACAAACAUCUGGCACUUGCAAUAAUGCCCAAGCAAUUGGCCACUUUGUUUUUCCAUCUGUGCCUUGCCUAUCAAGUGGAGUAUAA